CCACAAGUCAAAGAUGUCGUUUAAUAUAUCGGCCGCAGCGACGUAGUGAACACUGUCGUUUUGGCAGCCAAAUUGCAAUCUUCUUCUCUCUACGUACAGCGAAGAGGUUAGAUGAAGAGAAAGAGAGGAGGCGAGGAGGAGGGCAUGGAUAUCGUGUGGCAGACUCCAGCGAAUCCCCCGCACCCGCACGAUUACGUCUUUCGAAACGGAAUACGAUUCGUUAGACCAUACUACUUUGAAUUCAUCGCUCAUGUUAAAAAUCGGUGGGCGGGGAAAACCAUUGUAGACUUAUUUGCUGAGGAGUUUAAAGGUCGGCCUUAUGAUUAUUAUGUUAGUGCAGUGAAAUGUGGAAGGAUUCAAGUAGAUGGUGAGAUUGUAUCAGUUUCAUACGUAGUUAAACCGUCUCAAAAGAUAAGCCAUUUCUUACACAGGCAUGAACCACCUGUGAUGGCUUGUGAUGUUGUUAUUCUUCAAAAAGAACCAGAUGUGCUAACUAUUUGUAAGCCAGCAUCUGUUCCUCUGUUACGUAGGUACACCCAUGCGGUCAAUAUCGGAAGAACACUGUUGUUGGCAUUCUUCAAGCUGAGCAUGGCCUGGCACCUCUAUUUCGUAUCCAAAAAUGCAUUCUGGAGAAGAGAUAAAUGGCUUCUUAUUUUGGCGAGAAAUGCUGCAAAAGCUGACAUCUUUAGGCAACAGAUAGAAGCUGGUUUAGUCCACAAACAGUAUAUAGCAAAAGUAGUUGGAGAAUUUCCUGAGAAUGAGCUAAUUGUUGAUGCCAAUAUUGACUAUAAUGCACGUGAAGGAAGGAGCACAGCGGAGGUCAGAGACUCCCCAAAGGGGAAGGCUGCCUCUACAAAGUUUACUCGGAUUAGUACUAAUGGAACUCAAAGUAUUGUUUUAUGUGAACCUAUCACUGGCCGUACUCAUCAGAUACGUGUUCAUUUACAGUAUUCAGGGCACCCGAUAGCCAAUGACAUGCUGUACCUCUCAGAACAAACUGUUGAUCGAUCUGUCAAAGGGUGGAGUGCUGAUAGAUCAGCUCGCAUAUCUAAUGUUUCUCUGACAUCAGAUCUUGAUGAAGUGCUCAAUGCAUGCGAAGAAAAUUCCAAUGAAGAUUUUAGCAUUGAUCCCAUGUGUACAAAUUGUCCAAAUUUGGCACCCAAAGGCUCUUAUAAUUGCAGAUAUGAUGGUGAUGAAGAUGCUCUAUGGCUACAUUGUAUUCGCUACACGGGGCCUGGAUGGACAUACGAGUGUCCAUAUCCUGAUUGGGCUAAACUUGUCUAGACAAUUUGAUAUAUUUUUCAUCGUAAAUUUCAAACAAAUAUGCAACGACUGUUUGAGUUUUCAUCUGAGUUGUGCUGGUUACUGAAAAACUGUUUAAUCUUUUGCUAGUAUUCAGGGACACUGGAUUGGAAUGAUCAAUUAUUGUUACAAUUGAUUUUUUGUCGUUGGAAAAUCAGUAGAUUAUUCUAUUUUAAAAUGAUUAAAUGUUUUUUUAUAGUCUAUA